ACAAUGAACAAAGAAUUGGAUCAGAACAUCUCAGUCCAAGAAUAUCACUCACUCUUUCUAAAUGGAUCAACUUCCUAUUUUCAUCUUCACAGCAACAUUACGUAUCUUCCCUUUUACCAACACACAUCUUCAGUUGCCACGGUCUUCAUUAUAUCAUACCUUCUCAUCUUCCUGCUGUGCAUGCUGGGAAAUGGGUUGGUUUGUUUCAUUGUGGUGAGGAACCGACACAUGAGGACAGUCACCAACCUCUUCAUCCUUAACCUUGCCAUUAGUGAUCUGCUUGUUGGAAUAUUCUGUAUGCCUACAACUCUCGUGGACAACAUCCUGACAGGAUGGCCCUUUGGAAGCUUUGUUUGCAAGAUAAGUGGCUUGGUUCAAGGAAUCUCUGUUUCAGCCUCAGUUUUUACCCUAGUUGCAAUUGCUGUAGACAGAUUCAGAUGCAUUGUCUAUCCUUUCAAACAAAAGCUUAACGUGAUUGUUGCAACCAUCAUUGUCGUCAUCAUAUGGGUUCUUGCUGUCUCAAUAAUCUGUCCUUCUGCAAUCAUGCUACGAGUAAUCAAACUGCCUGACAGCAUAAAGAUUAUCCAAAGUAGUGGGAAAAUAUAUCCUUGCUACCAAUGUUAUGAGGCCUGGCCAGAUCCAAAAAUGAGGAAGAUUUACACCACCGUGUUAUUUUCCAACAUUUACUUGGCCCCUCUGGCACUCAUGGUCAUCAUGUAUGCAAGGAUAGGAAUUGUGUUGUUUAAAACCAGCAUAUCCACUGGCAAAGGAUCUCACCAGGAAAACAGCAGCACCGUGUCGAAAAAAAAGCAACGAGUGAUUAAGAUGUUGGCCACAGUAGCCCUGCUGUUCGCCUUAUCGUGGCUCCCACUCUGGACUCUAAUGAUGCUAUCUGACUACACAAGGCUGUCCCACAACCAGUUGAGAAUAAUCAACUUGUACAUCUAUCCCUUUGCCCACUGGUUGGCCUUCUGCAACAGCAGUGUCAACCCCAUCAUCUACGGUUACUUCAACAAGAACUUCCGACGAGGGUUUCAGGCCGCCUUCAAGUUUCAGCUGUGCUCGGCCGAGGUCAAGCACCAAGAGACCUACUCUCAUCGGAAAUCCAACAAAUUCAUUUUAACAGCGCAGAACAAAGUUGGGCAAGAUCCUGCAACAAGCAACUCUGAUGCUGUAGAAGAUUGCAGUACAAGUCGGGCAGACAAAAACGCAUUCAGGCAGAGUGAAAAUCUGGCCCUUCAAGUGUUGGACAAAGGAAUAAAUAACUGUUCAUAA